AUGGCUGAUAAGUAUGAAAACUUGCUAGACACUCUUUUGAGCUCAUCUGCUGCGAUCUCCGAGCGCAAUGACUCUGCGUUACUGGAGCCGUUCACAUACCUUACCAACAUGCCCGGCAAGGAUAUACGCGGGGCUAUGAUAUCUGCGUUCAAUAUCUGGCUCGCGGUACCAGAAGAGAAGCUUCAGGUCAUCAGGCGCGUGAUUGGGAUGCUUCAUAACGCCAGUCUUCUUGUCGAUGAUAUUGAGGACGACUCUCAGCUUCGACGUGGCCAGCCAGUCGCUCACAAGAUCUAUGGCAUUCCGCAGACGAUCAACUGUGCGAACUAUGUCUACUUCCUCGCAUACAAGGAGCUCUUUGCCCUACGGCCUACCUCUGGCCGUAAGACACCAGAUGCGCCACAACCACCGCAACGGCUUUAUUCGGACGCAGAUCUCGAUAAGAUCGUAACGGACGAAUUGCUAAACCUGCACCGCGGUCAGGGCCAAGAACUCGUAUGGCGAGACUCGCUCAGCUGUCCGACAGAGGAGGAAUACCUGUCAAUGGUCAAUAACAAGACCGGCGGCCUCUUCCGCGUCGCUGUCAAACUCAUGAUGACCUGUGCAACGACGAAUACAACAAUCGAUUAUGUACCGCUUGUCGACCUGAUCGGCGUACUCUUCCAAAUCAGGGACGAUUACAUGAACUUGCAGGCAGACGAGUACGCGACGAACAAGGGCUUCGCUGAAGACUUGACCGAGGGGAAGUUCUCUUUUCCGAUUGUUCAUGGCGUGCGCGCAAACCCCGGCGACCGCCAACUCCUCAAUAUCCUGCAGAAGCGCCCAUCCACCCCGACUCUGAAGACGCACGCUAUCAAGUACCUACGAGAAAAGACGAAGUCGUUCGACUAUACGCUCAAUGUACUGCGUGUCAUCGAGAAGCAGACCCGCGACGAGCUUGCACGGCUCGGCGGCAACCCUCGUUUGGAGGCCAUUCUCGACAUGUUGCACGUCAAACAACCUUCAGAACAGGAACCCUGA